CAGAACGAAGACAAGUACUCGGUGGCGAACAGCCAAGCACCGUUGCAGGCCGGCGAGGAGGAACAUCCGGAACGUGGCACAUGGACGGGGAAAUUCGACUUUCUGUUGUCUCUACUGGGUUACAGCGUCGGCCUUGGCAAUGUCUGGCGAUUUCCGUACCUAUGCUACUCGAACGGAGGUGGCGCUUUUCUAAUACCGUUCACGGUGAUGCUCAUUAUCGCCGGGCUGCCUCUCAUGUUCAUGGAGCUUUCCUUAGGGCAGUACGCGAGCCUUGGCCCAGUGGCGGCGUACAAACGUUUCUGCCCCCUGCUGCGUGGCUUGGGAUACGGAAUGGUGUUGGUCAGCUCGGUGGUGAUGCUCUAUUACAACUUAAUCAUCGCCUGGACCCUUUAUUACAUCUUCGUCUCCGUGGCCGGAGCAGGUAAAUUGCCAUGGAGCAAGUGCGAGCCACCAUGGAGUACGGAAGAUUGCUUCAUGCCAGAAGUUGCCGAGGCCUGCGUGUCUCAAAACAUGAGCUAUUUCAAAGGGAAAUGCUUAAAUUCCACCCAGAUGGCCUCUAUGGGCUUGACUAUCGAAAAUAUCACUAGUGCCAUUAGAAAACCACCGGCUGAGGAAUAUUUUAACAAUCACGUGUUGGGGAUGAGUAGUGGUAUCGAGGAGACAGGUUCGAUUCGACCCUCGAUGGCAGUGAACCUUCUGCUAGCCUGGAUCAUCGUCUUCCUCUGUCUGAGCAAAGGUGUUCAAAGCUCGGGCAAGGUUGUCUAUUUCACUGCUCUGUUCCCAUACGUCGUUCUGAUUGAUGUGAUGGAAGGAGACGAUGCUGCCCUCCCUCUUGGCCCUCUCCAACGCCUCGCGUCUCUUCAACGCUUUCUCGCGCCUCAUCUGGUUCUUGUAGAACUCGGCGAAAUUGUUAACGAUAAUGGGAAUGGGCAACGCGAUUACCAGGACACCACAUAUACAACACACACUGCCGAUCACCUUGCCGAGCGGGGUCGUGGGGUAGAUGUCGCCGUAUCCGACGGUGGUCAUCGUGAUGCCCGCCCACCAAAAGGUUUCUGGAAUGCUUACGAAUUUGGUCCCGGGCUCCUCCUUCUCGGCGAAGUAAGCGAGGCUCGAGAAUAUGAGGACGCCCAUCGCCAGGAAGAGCAUCAGCAGGCCCAGCUCCUUGUACGAGUUGCGCAAGGUGAAGCCGAGGCUCUGCAGCCCGGUCGAGUGGCGGGCCAGCUUCAGGAUCCUCAGGAUCCGCAUUAUACGAAAGAUUUGCACUACCCUGCGCACGUCCUGGAACUGGUCGGUCGCGUUCUUGUUCGUCUCGACAAGGAACAGAGAUACGUAGUACGGCAGUAUUGCCAACAGGUCGAUCACAUUCAGACCGCCCUUGAAGAACUUCCACUUGUCCGGCGACGCGCUGAACCUAAGCGCGUACUCGAGGGUGAACCACGUGAUGCACACAGCCUCCACCAUGGCUAG